CAUGGCAGGGAUGGAGCUGGAUGAGCUUUUAGGUCUCUCCAACCCAAACCAUUCUGUGCUUCCCUGAUUCCAUGAAAUCCUGCUCCAGUGGGAGCAGACACUCAGCCUGUGGCUUCAGGCCACCACGUGCUGCUCCCUUCCAGGCUGCCUGAGCUGUGGCUGGGACUGGGCAGUGCUGAUGCCUGAAUUUUCCAGCCCACGAGAGCAAUGCCUGUCCCUGGAGAGUUGCUCAAUGUGUAGGAUGAAAAAGAUGCCAAGUUCCUGUGCUCCUUCCUUCCGGCCCAGCAAGGAGGGGGAGAGGAGCUGCCCCUGGGCUGAGCCAGCUCGCUCCUCUCCAGCUCCUCUCCUGUUCCUUCUCUGCUCAGCCCCAUGGAGAAGCUCCUGCACCUCACCUUGGUCUUCCUGUCAGCAUCCUGUGCUGCAGAGAACGUCACCGUGGUGGCCGCCAUGGAAGGGGACACCAUUUCUGUCAACUGCUCCUACGACCCGCGGCAGUGGUGGCGGGAGAAGAGCUGGUGCAGGCAGCUGGACCAGAGCCGGUGCCAGCACGUGGUGAGCGCCCCGCCCGCGUGGCUGCCCUUCCCCAGGAACAGGAGGGGCACCACGUCCAUCAGCGACGACGCCCGCGCCGGGCUCCUGACCGUCACCAUGAGGCGCCUCCGCAAGGAGGACGCGGGGCUGUACCAGUGCAGAACGGAUUUCCUGGGCCAGACAAAGAGCCUGAGGAAGGUGCAGGUGGAAGUGCUGGCAGCUGACCUGGUGACCCCCGUGCCAGAGGAGCCCAGAGCUGUGCAGAGCAUUUCCAGGUCCCCUCCUGAUGUGGAUUUCACUGUUUUCUACAUCCUGGCUGGAUUCCUGGUGGCCAAGUUCAUGGUGGCUGUGCUGGUCGGUGCUGUUGCCCACAGCAGGAAGAGCAGGGAGAAAGGGCAGAGCCCAGGCCUGGGUGAGCAGCAGGUGCUCCCGCUCCCUGCUGACCUUGGACAAGGUGGAAUCGGCCUCUCCUGGGAGAGCUCUGCGUGAGCCAAGCCAAAAGGAAUCCAUGGGAAAGGCAAAUCAGGGGUUUGCCACCUGCCAUGAGAAAGGGAUCACUACUAAACACAGGUCUGGAAGUAUUUGUUACUCUGGGGAGGUUCUUAUCUUCUUCAUCACCUCUUCCCCUUGGCGUCUCAUCCCCAGGCAGUUAUUCCAGACAUCAUUCCCAGGACCGUUCCAUCACGGUCUGAACUGACACCCAUCAACUUCCUGUCACCUCAGGUGGCAGAUUCUGUCUUUCCAAGGUGAGGAAGAGCAGCUCCCAAAAGCUGCUUUGGACAGUGGGGAUGCUUGGAGAAAAUCCCUGUGGAAAGGCCUAAGGAACUACAGGACACACCAGGACAGGGAUGUGGUCUCCUUGCAUCUAAGAGCCGGCUUCUCCUCUCUGAAGGGACUUUGUGAACCUCACAUUUCUUUUUCCGUGCAAAACUAAAUAAAAUCCAGCUGAUUCUCUG